AUGGCGGCGGCGGCGGCGGCGGGCUACGAGGCGCUGGUGCGGCGCGGCUACGCGAGCCUGGCCGGGGCGCUGCGGAGCUGCUCGGGCUGCGGCUGGGAGCUGGCCCGCCGGACGUGGGCCGAGAGCGCGCGGCUGGCCUGGAGCGAGGCGCUGCUCUGCCUGCUGGCCGCCCUGGGCUGGACCCUCGCCCGCCGAGCCGCCACCCGACGCCUCUUUCGGCCCUUCGCUGAGUGGUGCCAGCUGCCCCCCAAGGAUGCUGCCAAGAUGCCCGAGAGUGCCUGGAAGCUGGCCUUCUACACCCUCGCCUGGUCAUACGGCGCCUACCUGCUCUUCUUCGCUGGAUACCCCUUUUUCCACGACCCUCCUUCCGUCUUUUAUGGCUGGAAGAGGGGCAUGGAGGUCCCGCCAGGCAUUGCCAUCGCCUACCUGAUGCAAGGCAGCUUCUACGGCCACUCCAUCUACGCCACGUUCUACAUGGACGCUUGGCGCAGGGACUCGAUCGUCAUGCUCGUCCACCACGUGGUGGCCCUCAUGCUCAUCACCUUCUCUUACAUGUUCAGGUACCACAACGUGGGAAUCCUCGUCCUCUUCCUUCACGACAUCAGCGACGUUCAGCUGGAGUUCACAAAGCUCAACGUCUACUUCAAAUAUCGGGGCGGGGUCUACCAUCGUCUGAACGAUUUGAUCUCAAACGCCGGUUGCGUCUCCUUCAGCGUAACCUGGUUCUGGUUCCGCUUGUACUGGUUCCCUCUCAAAGUGCUCUACACCACCUGCCACACCAGCCUCCAGACUGUCCCGGACAUCCCCUUCUACUUCUUUUUCAAUGCUUUGCUCUUCAUCCUGACUCUGAUGAACAUCUACUGGUUCCUGUACAUCAUCAUCUUCGUAGUGAAGGUCUUGCUGGGGCAAGUUCGGGAAGUGAACGACGUCCGGGAAUAUGAUGUUGACGCAGCCUGCAAGAAGAGAGACCGGGAGUUUCACGUCCCCAGCUGCUGGAAGGAAGGGAAACAUUUGAAGAACGGACUCGUGAAAGACAAGCGGUUGUAGGCGGCACCCGCUGGACCUCUGCUGGCAAGGACCCCCAGCUUGUUUGGCAGCCCAGAGAAGAGCCCGCCCCCCACCCUUCCGUCUUGAUGCCUAGAGCUGUGGGGUGGGGAGGUGGAAGCGUCUGCAGGAAACUCACUGGCGGUUGCAUUGUUUUUUUAAAAAAUUCUUGCAUUUGGCCAGAGUUGGCGCUGGCGGUGAGGACUCCCAUGGAGUGGAUUGAAAGGGGGCCUUUUUCACAGACCUGGGGUGGAUGCGGCAUGCCCAGCGGAGAGACCCACCAAGGGAGCGGCAAAAGUCCCCCCUCCGCCACCACCCCCUUGUAAAGACCAGCUCUGCCCUGUGCAGCCUUCUUUGGGGUGGCCCCCGAGAGGAUGCAACAGCUUCCCCCACCCUCCUCGUUCUCCAGAGCCCUGACUGGUGAAGAGAAGCGAGUGGCCAAUCAGAUUGAGGGGGCGGGGAAUCGCACAUGUGAAUUGAUAGACAGGAGGGGUGGUGGUGUUCACCUGGGGACAGCUAUCCCACAAUGCUCUGCGGCACUUUAUUCCUCGCCUUGCAAGCACGCACACCCCGCCUUUUUAAAAUAUAUAUUUUACGGGAUAUCGUUAGCAGAAGGGGGAAAGGGUUUUGGACCUGUCUCAGGGGGUGUGUACUUUUUUCCUGUUGUGUGCAAAGGAAGUAUCCAAAACUACUGUAAUUUUCCAAAUUAGUUUCUGAAAACAGACUUUUAAAACAUUCUGUUUGUAAUGGCAGAGGAUGGGUGGGGGAGAUGAUGGUGAAAUCGGCUGCCUGUUUUUAUAUCUAAAAUGUUUGUGAUGAAAAAACAGGGCGCCAGGAAUGUGGGGAGACAGAGGGGCUGGGGCGGUGUCUGCCUGAAGGGGCUGCGUGGAGCCUCUGCCUUCAGAGUCUGUCUGUCUGUCUGCAAGGACUGUACCACAGCGCCCCACAAGGAAAAAGGAGUCUCUGUGAGCUAGGUGCUGCACCCAAUGAGCAGAGGCAGCUGGGCAGCUUCUUUUCCUGCCAGGGCACCUGGGUGCCAUUCAGACAGCCCAAAACUAUUGGCGUCUGUCUUUCUAUCCAGAUGGAUGGAGGUGACUCCCGUUUUGCAUUCUCCCUCCUGCGAGGGAAUACCUUGAAGCAGCACCAGCAUGGACCUCCAAUGAAGUUUGGGUAUAUAGAAUGCAAGCUCUGGUGGCAGAUUUAUUAUCUUUACCCUAUCAGGCCUCCAAAGAUCCCAUGGCACCACAAGGGUUGCAGGUGAGCAGAGGUUUGAAUGUGGUUCUGCCAGUCCCAGCGCCCCAAUACAGCACCAAUUGGUGUUUGUGGCUCAGUUGGGCGCCCCAGAGCUGGCUUUGGGGCAGCGCCCAUCCAUGUCAUGCUGUUAACACCCCCCUCCAACCCUUAACCCCAGGGAAAAGCAGAGGACGGUGGUAAGAAUCCUUUGGGGGCAGAAAGCCCAAGUGGCAAAUGCAGGGCUGGCAGGGGACGGAAUCACAGAGCUGGGACCACAAUGGCCAUCUAGUCCAGCCCCCUGCAAUGCAGGAACCGCAGAUUAAGAGUCUUAUGCUCUGCCAACAGCUGCCCCAGAGCUGGAAACAGUUUCCCAUCUCCAAGAGAUCUCCCAGGAAAGGGUUGAGCUUAGAGCAGCUGCCUCACAUGUGGAGGGUCCCCGGUUCAGCAUCUCCGUGAAAGGGCACCCCAGGUCUGGAAGCCUGGAGAGCUGCUGCCAAUUUGUGCAGGCAUUACUGAACUCCGCCGACCCAUUGAUGCAACAGAAGGCAGCUUAUUGGCUUCCUAUUUCAGCCAGCUCUAUAUUCCUUGAGGACCAGAAUGACCGUAAACUGAAUGACCACAGCUCAGCGGUAGAUCGUUUGCUUUGCAUUCAGUAGGGCUGGGGGUUCAGUCCCCGGCGUCGCCAGUUUGGGUUGGGAGAGACCCCCAGGCCUGAAACCUGGGAGAGCUGCACACAGUCUUGAUCUCGUGUUACCCAACGGCCUGACGCUGUAUAGGGCAGCUCCUGGUGCUCCUCGUAUUCUGCUCACCCUGAGUUAGCAACAGUAGAUGUGGACGCAAAUAAUUGCUUGCUAAGGUGGAAGAAGACACAGGAGGGAGAGGAAUUUGAAAUGCAGAUGGGGACAUUUGUACCCAAAAGCACCCCUGGAUCCAGAAGUCGCGUUUUCAGGGUGUUCACACACUACAUCCCAGAAGUGUACAAUCUUUGAACUUCGGUCUGUGGACACGUGGACAUUUAUCCGCAUGUACUGUUCAACAGAAAUGCAGUCUGGCCAAUUUAAACAAACCAACAAGCAUACACACUUUCAACACAAGUCGGGACGCUGGAGUCUGUGUGAACGAGCCCUUCUUUUGAUAAUUAAAACAUCUGGGAAGCCAUUGCAUCCAUUUGCCCCCUCAGCCCCCUUCUGCUUGGUGCUGCAGGAUGACGCCACAGUCACAGCAGCCUGCAUAUGUGUGCCAGGUUUAAAAAAUCUGCCUCUCCCUUUCCCCUCCAUGGAAAAAUUGAAAGCACCAAGAACUGUAGAAUUCCCCGCUGCAGGGAGGGGGGAGAGUUAGAUUUCCUGACUUGCAUAAAUGAUGAAAAGUUGAACAAGUUCUCUGAUUUUUUUGCGCACACCUGGCAGUGUUUCCCAAACUUGGGCCUCCGGCUGUUUUGGGACUACAAUUCCCAUCAUCCCUGACCACUGGUCCUGCUAGCUCGGGAUGAUGGGAGUUGUAGUCCCAAAAGACCCAGAGACCCAAGUUUGGGAAACCCUGGUUUGGAGGUUCGUUCCUAGGGAAGAAGCGUGGAGCAUCGAACUCCUCCCUAUCCCUGGGAAUCAUAUUUGGUGCACAGCUCCUGUUUCUGAGGAUUCAGGCCUACCACUGCAUCCAUGAGGGCUAGCACCUUGGUUUCUCUAGUGAAAGCCGAUGUUCUCUGCAAGCCAGAUGCCACAAACAAUAUGCUGCACUCCCACACACCUGGUGUUCCUGCACUGUAAUUUGUUUUGCACACUGUUUAGAGAUAUUAAACAUUAAGCAAAAGUUUAGGAAUACCUUAAAUAAAUUGUGUCCCGUAGUGGGACCGCGCUGGUGACA